GUGAUCUGAAGCCUUAUGGUUUAUAUUUGCAAGAUCUGCGUGUCCUUCAAGACGGGCUGGACUCGAGUUUGGGACGAGGAGCAGCUGGUGCCCUACGCCUACAGCGGCGACCAGUGGGUGGGGUACGAUGACAGUCAGAGCUUUGACUUCAAGGUCCAGUACGUUAUUGAUGAACAUCUUGGGGGAGUCAUGUUUUGGGAGCUAAGCUAUGACGACGCCAAGAACUACUGCAAGAAAGGGCCCUUUCCUUUGCUCAAUUUGGUCAAACAAACUUUUGCCAAUCAUCACAAGGAGACAAAUCAUACUAGUACAAUGGAGACAAGUUCAUCAAACAUAGUGUCACAGACAACCGGUGCAACUGACCAGACUACGACUGCGUUCUCAAGUCCUUCUCACAGUGGCAGAGCAACCACAGCUCCAAUCAAUGAUGGUAUUACAUUUACUGGUACCACCAGCAUACUAGUGCUAACAGUUUGUGGAAUUAGAGUGUAUACCUGACUGUAUUGACAGGAUAUUCUCAAAGUGAAGGCUAACAUUGUAGAGGCGAACUAUAGCUCUUUUUCUCUUGAAGAGCUGUGUUAAAUCUUGCUUUCAACUGAAUACAUUCACAAUUACAAAUUCUAAUUCAAAUGAUCUUGAUGUUUAAUAAUGUAUAGUGAGAUAUAUUUUGCAUUUUAGCUCACCUGACUGAAAGUCAAGUGAGCUUAUGUCAUGUCUCUUUCCUAAUUUAAAUCCACACUAUCCAUUUAACUUUUGCACCAGAAAGACUGUUUCCAGAUUUGGAUCUCCUCGAAGAUUAUAAUAAUUUACAGGUUGGUGUAAUCUUUCACACUGGUUCAUAAGUGUGCACGUACAGAUUUACUUGCUAUGUUCUUAAUGUUUGGAUAUAAAGUAUAACCAGUCAAUUCAACCUAAAUGAUUAUAUCUAACCCAAAUGUAUAUCAUCAAUGAAUCAGUUUUAGUGAAUUUCAGUUCAGAAUUUAGUAUAAAAAUUCAUAAAGUAACUUAUCUAAUCGAAUCAAGUAUUUCUCAAUUCUCUACGAGUGAAGUGUUGUAUGUUUGAAAGGUUGAUUUAUUGAUUUCAUGUGUGAGAGAAAGAAUAGAGUACAUGUACAUGUACUUUUGAAUGUGGUAUUAGCCAGAACUGUUUCGGUGUGUUCCAUACUUUUAUAACGCUUACAUAUAUAUAUAUAUAUAGGUGCUGCGCCGUUAUGUUGCUUCGUGUUUACAUAAAAGUUAGUUACGCUUGGUAAAUCUGGCUUGACGACACUGUAACGUCUGCACCCCAAUGUCAUACAAAGGGUAGGAAUUACUCUCUAAUAUGAGUAUUUAAAACUGUGUUUCACAGCUAUUGAAUCGGUCAUGCCUGUUGCAUCAAAACGUCCCUCUCCAAACCAUUUCAUUUGUUUGUAUGGAGUCAAUCAAGGAGUUAUCGUCCUUUGUAGUUAAUAUGUGUCAUGAGCUAUCCCAUUUGCUAUCUGGGAUUUUUUAUGGAGGCAAGACAUUUUUUUUAGCUGCAGCUUCAAAAUCAGAUAUUUUGUUAUUUAAACAAUGAGCCUAAAUAUCUAAUUUAAAAACAAAACAAAAACAACCCAUCUUGCAACAAUGUGUAUUUUGUGGCUGAAAUUUCUUUUUUCAACAGUCAGAAGAAGAAUUAUUUUUUUCAAGCAUUUUCGCGGACAAUAUUUUUUUCGAUAAAAUCCCAGGCCCCCAACACCCAGGAUAUCAAUGGUCAGUCCCUACCCCGGUCACAAAAUGGAGUCCCAAGUGAGGACCAGCAUUACGCAACAAAGUACAGCCAGGAUUGCCGGUGCAAGUCCAAGGGAAGUGAUCACUCAGCCACAGAGAUUAUCGGUACCCUGCAUGUGUUUCGGGGGCCAUUUCUUGUAUCAUUGAAACAUUGAAACAUAGGACAUGCUAGACAAAAACACCAUCAUUCGUCUGAAGAUGUAGUCCUACCAUUGUUUAAUUUAUUCAUGGCUGCAGCUAGUGUUUGAAUCAUAAAUUUCCCAGUAAUAUAAAAAUUAUGUUGAUACCCAUAAUUUUUUUAUUAUAGAUUUUAGCAUAUUAGUUUAAAUUUAAAUCAUUGUAUUACUACAUACGAAAUUUAAGCAAUAAAGAUGUAAUCUUUCUAUUACCUUGUUGUUUCCUUAAUAUGCUUUGUUUAUUUUACACAUAGGUUAUCUGUAUUGAUCUUAGUUACAUUAUUUCCUUGUGUGGUUGAGUGUGUAGGUGAUUCAGCAUGAUCACUUUUAACCUGCCUACAUAAAAGUAUCAAACCGUAUCAAUAAAUAAACAUUAAAUCACAGUAAACUAUUAAAACUUUCAUAUUGCCACGAUACUGUUUGAUCAAUUGACUGCUACAUCAAUAAAUGUAUACACACCCAGUUA